CAGCUCUGCGUCAGGGGUAGUUAUAUCAGGACCUCGCCGGUUAUUACUUCCUUGCAAACUGUGGUCGACAUCUUUCACGAAGCUCAUCUGACAUUUUCUUUAUAAAGCUCCUUCAGAAUAUAACGCAGCCAAGAUGUCCUCGUACGAAGAAGGGAAUGACUCAAAAUUAAUGCGCAAAGUAAAGGAAAAUCCCUUUGUCCCAUUGGGAAUGGCUGGAUUUGUUGCCAUUGUUGGACACCAGCUGUAUAAAAUGAAAAAUCGAGGGGACACAAAAAUGUCAGUACACCUCAUCCACAUGCGUGUAGCUGCACAAGGCUUUGUGGUAGGAGCCAUAACAGUAGGUGUCUUGUAUUCAAUGUACAACCAGUACAUCAGGCAUCCCAAAGAAGAGCAGAAUUCUGAGAAACACAAUUAAAAACUGAAUCUUACUGUCAAACGUCUGUGGAAUUAGGACCAUCAUUUCUAGAUGUGCAUUUAGAAGCUAAUCAGUGACUAAAAAACAACCCUAUGGCACAUCACUUUUUAAAAUUGAACAUUAGUGGCCACCAGCUUAUGGGUGUAAGAUUUGGUGCUUUAUUUGGCAGUCUUUCAAGUGUAGCAUAAGGGAUGUUUAUGUAGGAGAUGCCCACACUGAUAUAUCGGCUUUAUGUAAAUUGCAUAAAACAAUAUUUGUAGCAGAUAAACACAUGACUCAAUGUAUGUCAAGGCCAAAUUAAAAUAAUUUGUGUUUUAGCCUGCUCUUUUUUUCAUUGUCCUUGUUUUAAUCCCCAAAGCAGCCUAAGAACAUUUUUAACAGAUUUCUGCCAGUAACAUAUAAUAUAUAUAAAUAUAUAUUUGUUUAUUGUUUUAAAUCAAGUUUCUGGUAGAAUAUUUUGGGGUUUUUAUUCAUUCAUAUGUACUGUACUGUACUGUAACAAGGUCUCCUUUUUUCAUAUUUUGUUUUGCUUCUGCUUGUUAUGAAAAAAGUGCAAUCUAUUUAGUGAUAACUCUUAUUCAAAGCAUUUACAGUCUAUUACUGUUUGAGUACAUAGCAGGCUUUUUGUAAAAGUCACCCUAAUUUCUUUAAAUAAUUAUAAAUUGCUGCUGUGUAUACACCUCUAUUGUGUGCUUUCAAUUGAUGUUUUUCUUAGUUUAAAAAUGCAUUCUCUGAUAUACUCUGCAAAUUGUUUGACUGACUUUAGGCAGAUUACAGAAAGAUUACAGAAAGCUACUUCUGUUUCAAACCUGUCACCUUUUUUCAAAUAGUGAACCCCUGCUCCCUCUAACUUAAAAAUGUUUGGUAUUCUUUGAAAUAAACACAACAUAUAA